CCGAGACGAGUCGCUACUUGAAUCUUGAUUUACAUAAUUUUAGAUGGACUGUUUUGCUAGGGACUUCAUAUUCAAACUGAAAUUGGUAGGUGAACAUUACACCCCAGCCCAAACCUGAGAAGAGGUGGCAGUAAUGGACCUUAAUUCCCAAUCUCAAGACCAUUCUGAUAAUUCUGGACAAGGAGGAGGGCUUCCAGACGUUAGUAGCACCCCAUGUUUUAUUGUGUUAGACUCCCAGGCAGAGGGUGCUGAUGCUAGUAGAGGAUCAAUCACAGAAGAUAGGACAUCUAGACUCAAGCAGCUUGAAGAACUUAGCAAGAACUCAUCCACUGUUAAACCAAGUAUUGAAAUGGAAUUGGGUGCUGAUGUCAAAAGUAGCAAAGACAGAAAGGAUGAAAAGAAAGUGAGCAGUUCACCAACAGCAGGAAUGGGAAUCCAAACUCACCCUUUGGAAGAUGACAAAGGAAUAUGUGAAGAAGAAGAAGAUGAUGAUGAUGAUGAUGAAGAAGUGACUUCAACACAGGAUGAUCUGUUUGACGAAGAAAAGAAAGUACAAGUCAAGCCAGGAGACUUUCAUACUUUAUCAGCAUCAAAGGAUGUUUCACAAAUAGGCACAUCAUCACAAGAUGUCCAUAGCACACAACAGGAUGCAUCUCAUUUGAUUUGUACUCCAUCAGAGACGGUUGGUAGCUUACGAUUCUCAGGUGUGGUUCUUGCCAAUGAAACAAGUACAUCAGGAUCAGGUUCUUCUAUUAAUGUAGUGUUUCCAUCACCUGAGGCAUAUGGUCCGGCACCUAUCAUCAUUCCUAGUACACCAACAAGACCAGACACAAGCAAUGAGGAUCCUAUAGAUUUGAGUGACACUGAUGACAUGCCAAGAGGUGCCCUUCCACAGAUUCCUAUCAAACGUAAAUCAACCACCACUUCAGAUGAGAGUGAAGAUUUCUGUAAGAUCCCAGCUUGGCAACAGGAGCUCAAUCUACAACAAAAAAGAAAAGAAGAAGAAACAGGGACACAGGAUAGCUGGAAUGAUGACAAUACAGGUUCCAAGAAACGUUCUCUAUCCGCUUCAAUUGACUCUGCUAAUCCAUCAUCAGAACAUUCUGAAAGCAUUCACAAGUCAAGUCUAGAAUUUGAGAAGUCAUUACUACAGCAACAACAGCCUCCAAUGCCAUCUACAACAGAUGAGAGUUCAGUACAAUCAACAAGUUCAAAACUACCAAGCACAUCAUCAAAAGACGUUCAUAGCACUCUUAAGGAUGCAUCACAUAUUAUUAGUGCUCAACCAGAGAAGGUAGGAAGUUCAAGCAUGGUUCUUGCCAAUGAAACAAGUACAUCAGGAUCAGGUUCUUCUAUUAAUGUAGUGUUUCCAUCACCUGAGGCAUAUGGUCCGGCACCUAUCAUCAUUCCUAGUACACCAACAAGACCAGACACAAGCAAUGAAGAUCCUAUAGAUUUGAGUGACACUGAUGAUAUGCCAAGAGGUGCUCUUCCACAGAUUCCUAUCAAACGUAAAUCAACCACCACUUCAGAUGAGAGUGAAGAUAUCUGUAAGAUCCCAGCUUGGCAACAAGAGCUCAAUCUACAACAAAAAAGAAAAGAAGUAGAAGCUGGGACACAGGAUAGCUGGAAUGAUGACAAUACAGGUUCCAAGAAACGUUCUCUGUCAGCUUCAAUUGACUCUGCUAAUCCAUUGUCGGAACAUUCUGAGAGUAUUCACAAGUCAAGUCUGGAAUUACAGGAGUCAUUACUACAGCAACAACAGCCUCCAAUGCCAUCUACAACAGAUGAGGGUUCAGUUCAGUCAACAAGUUCAAAAUUACCAAUUGGAAGCGGAAGGAGGGAUAGAGAGUCACAUAGUGCCCCUCUGCUAUCAACUACUGCAAGAGAUGGACAAAGUUCUUCUGGAUCGCAUCCCAAGAAACCGGCAAGCUUACCUGAAGGUAUGACAUAUGAUACCAAGAGGUCAGGGCAAGAACCGGCCCUGGUCAAGGAGCUGAGCACUCAAGAUCAGUCAACGGGUAUGAAGAAGACAUCAAGUGAAGCAGAGUUUGAUGAUAGAACAAGAUUAGGUGUACAAAAGCAGGAGAAAGGGAGUGGUGAUGCAGUAAAAGAAGCUGUAAUAGAAAUUAUUGAUGAUGAUGAGGAGGAGGAUGGAGAUAAGGGGGACGAUGCUGAAGUAGGAAUGGAUGUUGAACCAUCGGAUGACUGGCAUCUACGGCUCUCACCUUCCCAAACACAGACACAGUAUAGCUUUGUUCAUAGUAAAGAUAUCAUGUCACAGAGGGAUCCGACCAAGGAUAUAGAAGAAGGAGAUGUACCUCAGCAGCAAAAGUCUGUUCAAAGCAAUCGGAAAGGCACUGUUUCCAGGCAAGCUACACCAUGGCAUUCUACGCAAGCUGAUGAUGGAGACGAUGAGGUUGCCAUAGUCAUACCAGAAUCAGAAAAACAGGAUGAGAACAAAGAAAAUGAGAGCACUAAACAAAAAAUCUCAGACCCUGAUGACGGGGUAGAGAAUGUGACGAAAGAAGGAUUAAGGAAAAAGUUAUCAGAAUCUGGCGAAGGAAUGGAGGAUUCUGUUUUCUUAGAAGGCAAUGCUCAGUUAUCAAGUGAUGCAAGGUUAAGAUUUGGUCAGCUUGGAGAGUCGGACAACCCUUCUCCAAUAACGGGUUUUAAUUUGAGUGUUCCCAAGGAUGGUGCAAUGUUACGACCUUUGAGUAGUAUGACCUCUCAACCUAGCAAGAAAGGUCAAUGGACUGAUGGUACACCCCGUCAUAGUACUCCUAAAGCAGAUGAGAUAGAAGGGACCAAUACAAAGAGAGAGGUUGCCUCCACACCAGACAAAGAGACCCCAAAGACAAGUAGCAAGUCUUCUAGUGCUCUUGUAGUCAGUGCAGUGAUUGACAUGGAUUCAGCUGAGAGUAGUGAGAUACCAGUCUUCAAUCUAAGGAAUCCUGCUGAUUGUGAUGAACUGCUAAAGGAAGUCAAGGAGAGCCCGAGUAAGAAACGCAAAUCGGUUUUUAGCAGAGUGGUAGAAGCAACUAAGACUGCAAAGAGUAACACCAAAUCAAGGAAACUGGCUGAUCCUAUUGACAAAGAUCCUUUCUCAUUAUCGAAACCCAAAACCAAAUUGAUUCUUGGAAAGAAGAGGAACCAGCAGAGCCUAACCGCACAAGACGAUCAGCCUCGGGUCACAAGAGAAGAGGCCAGAAAGGAGGAAGAGAUGGGUGUCGAGAUCGAGCACGCUGAUGAGGGUAAAACUUUUGAUGUUGCAAUGGACGAUGAUGAUGAUGACCCUGCAACGAUUCCACUGGAAUACCAUCCUGUUGAUGAGGACCCAAAGGAGGAUUGUCCUGAUGUGGAGGUGGUGGAGGAAUCAAGGAUCUUGAAGACGAAGCAAGAGGAAACCCAGCGGUAUGGAGGUAAUGAUGAACAGGAAGCUGAUGUUGAGAUGGAUAUUGAUGCAGAGGAAGAGAAAAUUGAUGAAGAUGUUGUUGAAGAUAGAAUGCAAGAAGGUGCAUCUCCCAAGGAGCAUCAGGUUGUUAUUUCUCAGGAGAGAAGAAGAAGAGAUCCUUAUGAGUUCACAGAGUCACAGUCUAACAAGACUCCCACACCAAUGAAGACCUGGGCUAGGAAAGACGACACUGUGCCAAAGGAGAAGCUUCCUUCAAGAAAUCUUGAGGAACUAUCAUCUACCAAACAAGCAAGUGAGCAGCCAUCAACUAGUGCAGUAACCCCAAAGAGUAAGAAAACUCCAAGGGGCAGUCGUCAGACCCGAAGUGCCAAGCGGAAGAGACCACAAGACCUCGCAGAGACUACGGAAGAAGAAAGAGAAAAUGAAAACUCUAGACUAAAUAGGACCGGGACAUCCCCAAGGAAGGCAAGUUCUACUGUCCGUAAGGCCCCUAGGAAGAGAGGAAAAGCCCAGGAGAGACAAGUAAACAUUCCACAAAUGGCUGAGGGUCCACCUGAGAAACCUCCAAACGUCAGAGCACCGUCCAUGACAGAGAGAGUAGUUCAGGAUACGAUGGCUCCAGAACAAAGACCACAGGCUAGCCCAGCUUCUCUGGAACUCAUACAGAUUCCAGGUCACUCCCCUCCUGCAAGACAACUUAUACCUUGGAAGAUUGUUCGCUAUAAGAAAGUUAAUAUCACUCAACGGAUCAAGGAAGUGAUUGAAAAUGGUGAAUUGAUAGAGAGUACUAUCCUUGAUCAGGUUGUGAAUGAAGAAAUAGUUGAAAAGCUAGAGCAAGAAUUCAGGACCCCAUCACCUACUCAUUCUUCCAAAACAAGUUCUGUAACCUCUGGUUCCCUGGCUGAUAUCAGCUCUUUUGGUUCCAGGACGUCUUCUAGCGUUGCGGGAAGCCUCCAGAAGACAUCCAGCAAUCUCAGCAUUGGCAUACAGAAAAGCAUCAGUCUGUCAAGUAUCUCUGAAAGAAACAGUUCUCUGGACAAGACCAUCAGUCUUCCAGGAUCUGAGAAGACAUCACCUAAUGUUUCGGGUCAUGAGCAUUCUGCAUCUGGAAGGCAAUUGACAUCUCCUGGUGGGGUUGUCCAACAAGCAUUUCCUGCCAGAGGUAUAAGACAGUCACCCACGGACAAUGGACGGAGGUCUCUUUCAGGUGGGGCUGAGCAUCUACCGGGCAUCACGGAAGAGUCUAGCAAGACUGGUCAAGCUAGGUCACCCGAUGUAAGUCCAUCUGCCUUGAUGCUUUCUAAUAGGAAACGAGGUAAGAGGGUGUCUUCCAAGGGCACUAGCAGUUCUUCAGUCACUCCAUCUGAUGCAGAAGUCAGGAUGGUAUCUGAUGAAAAAGAUUGCGAGUUUGCAAAGCCUAAGAGAACCCCUAGUAGAAGGUCAGUGCCUAGGACUCCAGAACAAGCUGAUCAAAGCACGCAUGAACAAUCUUCAAAAGCCCAAAUACAUUCAUCUCCUACUUUGAAUGUCAGUGAGGGUUGGAAUGUUGAAGAAGUCAAGCAAUCCUCAGAGGAAUCGGAAGGAAUACCUUGUGCACAACCAAGGAAAGAAUUGGAAAGGAUUUCUAGCGAUGAAAAGAGUGAUGGAGAUGUUGGGAAACUAUUGCAAAUAGAGACUACCACUGCUACUUCCACGACAGGAGAAAGUUUUGAAGACAAAGUGGAUGAACCCGGUCCAUCCAAUCGUGAUGUGACAUCUACCAGACCAGCCAGGGGAAAGAGGAGAGGGAAGACACAGAAAACUGCUCCCAUCAAGCAGUCUUUGGAUGAUACUAUUGUUGUACAAGAUGAGGAAGAAGGUCAGAUGGAUGCAAUCCUGACCGAGCCUCCCCUGGAGUCUAGGCAGCGGGUCAGUACAUCAAGUGAUCCUACUACGGAUUCAGCACAAGCUUUUCUCGUACCUGGUGUUAGAGUCUUUACUCGUUGGUUGGAUGGUUUCUAUUACCCGGGUAUCAUCAAAUCAGAAGAAAAAAAUAGCAGAUUGAAGAUAGCCUUUGAUGAUGGUGAUAUGAGAAGUGUGAAUAGCAAAGAUGUUAUCAUCAAAGAUUGGUUAGCGAGGGGACAAAGUGUCAUGGCUGAAUUACCAGAAGAUCAAUAUAGCUACCCAGGAAUUGUGAUUGGUUAUUAUCGAGGUUCCACGCCCAAAGAUGAUGGCUAUUAUAUCGAGACUGAUGAUGGAAAAACGGAAAAGUUUCCUAGAGAGAAGGUGAUCUUGUCUAAGGAUCAAGCAAAUCUCUUGUUGACUUCCUGUCCAAGCAGCAGUUCAGGAAUCUCAGACAUCACACUUGAAAACUUGGUGGAUGGUCCUAGACAUCGAAGCAGACUUCGAGCUCCUGAUGGUGAUGUUGUCGUGAGAACACCUAGUAAAGUAGUUGGUCGAACUCCAAAGCGUCUUCCAUCCCCUGCUAUCACUCGGUCAGGAGGAAAAAGAAAAGCUGAUGACAAACAAUCAAUAGAGGGCGCUGCCUCACCAAAAAAGAAAGCCAAACAGCUAGCUACAAGGCUGCUUACAACAGUUGUAUCCAGUCCAGAUAUCAGUAAGCAAGGGAUUGGAGUUCGUCGAUCACCUCGUAAGCAGACCCCCUCCACAUCAACGACCAGCAGCCCGGCAAAGAGCCUCACUUCAGCCGCUGCUAAGGGUAGUACUCCUUCCACCCCAAGGACCAUGGAGAUGGUAUUAGGUCCGAUGCCAAACAACAAGACAUUAUUCAAGGGCAUGGCUUUUUUAUUGACCCAGGGAGAGGUCAAGAAAAGGUCAAAGGUUGAUACAAGUACCAGUGACAGCGAGGGUGAUGAUGAUCCUGAUGAUGUUCCCUUUAAUAAAGAUUAUUCCAGAAGACAGAUAGAAGCAGGAGGAGGAGUUGUCUUUAAAGACAUUGAAAAAUCACAGAGAACAGAGUUCAAGCUGUUUGUGAUAGCUAAUACCUACUGUCGAACAAUGAAGUAUAUGUAUGCUCUGGCUGCUAACAUUCCAUGUAUCUCAAACCUAUGGAUCAGAGAUUGCUCAAGGAUGAAUAAACUUCAGAGUCACAAAGCAUACAGGUUACAAGCAGGAGAGUCUGUGGAUGGUGACAUCAUUGAAUGGAAACCAAAUCGAAUGAUCCUGUCUGGCUUGAAAGUAUUGGUUCUAUCUAGUCAUUAUGUAUUGGAAUCAACAUGGCGUAGUAUUCUCAUGGCCGCUGGGUGUCAUAUUGUAGCUAGAUUCCCAACCAUCAAUCAACUCAAUAGAGGAGGUGUACCGUUUGACUGUAACGUGAUGGUGACUGAUCCUUCUUGCCCUCGUCAUAUUCUACACAGAGCUCAGCAGCUAGACAUGCCUGUCGUGUCAGCAGAAUGGGUCAUGCAAUCUCUUAUUAACGGUGUGAGGAUGCCCUAUGAUUCGCAUUACAAGUUUGCAUGGGAUUAUAGAGAGAAAAUCAAAUAGUAUUUAUUCCAUUUCAAACAGUAUUUACUAACCUAUUUUCCCACUACAGGGAUCACCUGGUUCCUCUCUGCAAUGACUAAUGUAUAUGUUUAUCCAACAUUAAUGUAAGAAAGAAGAUUUUCACUUUCAGAUUAACAAAGUGAAUAUCAUGAAGUGUACUAUGGUCUUUUCGUAUAUCAGAUAAAGUCUUUGGACAGUGAACUGAUUAGGUUCCCAGUUAUUUUAUAAAGCUAGAUUCUGUGUGAAUGCUAAAUUAAAGGAGUUGGACAAAUGCAAACUUGCUAUCUGAAGGUAGGUCAUGGCCUGGACUCCACAAUAUGCAAAACUCAUAUGAAGGAAGCUUUGUCUAAAAUAAAAUUUAUUGUGUGUGAAGCUGGUCAUUGCAAGUUCAGUUUAAGAGUCUGAACAUCGUGUGAAAGUGGGGUCGAAUGUACAUGUACUAGUUGAGAUAAAGGUCUUAAAGUGAAAUACAUUGAUAUGGUAGAAAGAUUUUUUUUGGUCUGGUUACCAUAGACUUACACCGAAUAAUAACGUGUGUAAGUGAGACUAUUGAGAUGUAAACCUUUUAGGAUGACUUUGAUGUGAAUGUUAUAUGUAAACCAUACUGAGAUGCAUGCUUAGUCUUGCCAAUAAAGGACAAGUCCAUUUCAACAUCAAGAUGAUUUGGAUCAAUUCAAAAUAAUUGUACAAACAUGACAGUUUAUAAAGAAAAAUUAUUUCAAGUAUUAAAGAGAAUAAUGAAUUUUAAAAGUUACACAUGGUGAGAUUUCAUGAGGAAAUGCUGUGCCUAACUUGAAGUGGUAUGCAAGAAAUAAUGACAACAUACCGUUGAGGCUUCUUAGUAAUUAAUGAUGUGAAAUUUAUCAUUUUAAAUCUUCAUCUUUAUUGAUAUUCCUUUUUUAUGAAAUAGAGAGUGUUUCAUGAAGCAGCCUGUCAGUGGUUUUCACUGACUUUAGUUACGAGCCAAUCAGAUGCAAGGAUUUUAGUAGCUUAUAACAUAUGUCACUUAAAAUCACUGACUAUUUGUUUCAUGAAUUGCUUCCAGAGUGUUGUUGGUCUUUGCCUUUAAAUAAUGAAUUAUAGUAUGUAGUAUUGUCACUUAUUGGAUGGUUUGUUUGUAUUUAAUGAGAAAAUAGAAAUAUUGAUAUUUUGCUGAUCAUGCAUGGUAUUUAAAUGAUAUACAUACCAAAAUGAAUAACCCUUCACUAUGUUCAACUAAAUUCAAUAUGAAAAAUGUAGCUGAAAAUAUUCUAUCAUUCAUAUAGAAAAUGAGUUUCAUUUGAAAUUAUAUUCAAUAUUUGAAGAAAUUAGGUCAUUCCAGUAACAUUCCAAAACAA